AUGAUGCAGAGCGCGGCUGUCCCCGCGGAGGGGGCUGUCAAGGGGCUCCCGGAGAUGCUCGGUGUGCCGAUGCAACAGAUCCCACAGUGUGCUGGCUGCAACCAGCACAUCCUGGAUAAGUUCAUCCUGAAGGUCCUGGACAGACACUGGCACAGCUCCUGUCUCAAGUGUGCAGACUGCCAGAUGCAGCUGGCCGACAGGUGCUUCUCCAGGGCCGGGAGCGUCUACUGCAAGGAGGACUUCUUCAAGCGCUUCGGCACAAAAUGCACAGCCUGCCAGCAGGGCAUCCCCCCAACCCAGGUGGUCCGCAAAGCCCAGGACUUCGUUUAUCACCUGCACUGCUUUGCCUGCAUCAUCUGCAACCGGCAGCUGGCCACGGGGGACGAGUUCUACCUGAUGGAGGACGGGCGGCUGGUGUGCAAGGAAGACUAUGAGACAGCCAAGCAAAACGAUGACUCGGAGGCCGGGGCUAAGCGACCUCGGACCACAAUCACAGCAAAGCAGCUGGAGACAUUAAAGAAUGCCUACAAGAACUCGCCCAAGCCAGCGCGGCACGUGAGGGAGCAGCUGUCCUCCGAGACAGGCCUGGACAUGAGGGUGGUACAGGUUUGGUUUCAGAACAGAAGGGCCAAGGAGAAGCGGCUGAAGAAGGACGCAGGGCGGCAUCGCUGGGGGCAGUUCUACAAGAGCGUCAAGAGAAGCCGGGGAGGCAGCAAGCAGGGGAAGGAGAGCUCUGCGGAGGACUGUGGGGUUAGUGACAGUGAGCUGAGCUUCCAAGAGGAUCAAAUUCUCUCAGAGCUUGGCCACACCAAUAGGAUUUAUGGCAACGUGGGGGACGUUACAGGCGGACAGUUAAUGAAUGGGAGCUUCUCCAUGGAUGGUUCAGGACAAUCCUAUCAGGACCUGAGGGAUGGGAGCCCCUACGGAAUCCCCCAGUCUCCAUCCUCCAUAUCGUCCCUGCCAUCCCAUGCUCCUUUGCUCAAUGGGCUGGAUUACACAGUGGACAGUAAUCUGGGCAUCAUUGCGCACGCAGGGCAGGGAGUAAGCCAGACACUGAGAGCCAUGGCUGGGGGACCCACUUCUGACCUCUCCACAGGAAGCAGUGUAGGCUACCCUGAUUUUCCAACUAGCCCAGCCUCUUGGCUUGAUGAAAUGGACCAUCCUCCUUUUUAGACCUUCCUCCCCACCUUUUACCUGUCCUCCCGGCU